CUUCCGGUCGAACCACAACACGCAAGAUGUCUGCUGCCACAGCUUUCCUCGUUUCCUACGCCAGUGAUUCCGAUUCGGAAAAUGAGACCGAAACUGGUUCAAACCCCGACGCAGCCGAGUCUAUGGAUCCGGACGCAACGGCGCACCUUAAACCUUUACAGUCUGGUCCGACGAUGACAUUAGCGGUCCUCAAUUUGGCCCCGGAAGUCGCCGUAAAGGAGUCCGUUGAGACCGGCGUACAUCUUGACCCUUCCCUGAAAGAAAUCAGUUAUAACCCAACAUUUGAAACCAUGUUUGCACCAGAGUUUGGGCCAGAAAACCCCUUUAAAACGCAACAGAUGGCUGCCCCAAGAAAUAUGUUGUCCGGCUAUGCAGAACCCGCUCACGUCAACGAUUUUAUGUUCGAACAGCAGAGACGGACCUUUUCAGUCUUAGGCUAUGCUUUAGAUCCAUCUGUUGACACAGACCAAGUAACUAACAGUAGUUACAUUGGAGCCGUGGAUGAGGCUGAGAAAAGAAAAGGCUUGACAGUGUUUGAGACUAAUUACAAGAAGACAGAGAAAAGGAAAAAGGUCAAAGGUGGUGAUGCAGGAGAGAUUGAUACAUUCCUUGGACCGUGGGCCAAAUAUGUUGAUGAGCAAGCGGUGGCCAAACCAACCGAGGAGGAGAAGAAAGAAUUGGAUGAGAUAACCGCUAAAAGGCAAAAGAGGGGGAGGAAGGAAGAGGAAGCUCCAGCCGAGGAAAAGACUAUUCUUCAUGUUAAGGACAUGUACGAUUACCAGGGUAGAUCCUACCUACAUAUCCCUCAAGAUGUGGGCAUAAACCUGAGGUCUUCAGAAGCACCAGACAAGUGUUACCUGCCCAAGAAGCAAAUCCAUGUUUGGUCCGGACACACUAAGGGUGUCAGCGCCAUCCGACUGUUUCCCAGGUCUGGUCAUCUGCUACUUUCAUCCUCCAUGGACUGUAAGAUUAAGUUGUGGGAAGUGUACAAUGAGAGGAGGUGUUUACGGACUUUUGUUGGCCACAGCAAAGCGGUGCGAGACAUUUGCUUUAGCAACGCGGGGACAAAGUUCCUCAGCGCCGCCUACGACCGCUACAUCAAACUGUGGGACACUGAGACAGGCCAGUGCAUCGCUCGCUUCACAAACAGAAAGGUUCCCUACUGCGUCAAGUUUAACCCAGAUGAAGAGAAACAGAAUCUGUUUGUGGCCGGCAUGUCCGAUAAGAAGAUCGUCCAGUGGGACAUCAGGACCAACGAGGUGGUUCAGGAGUACGACCGUCACUUGGGCGCCGUCAACACCAUCACGUUCGUGGAUGAGCAUCGUCGCUUUGUCAGCACGUCAGAUGACAAAAGUCUUCGUGUUUGGGAGUGGGACAUCCCCGUGGACUUCAAGUACAUCGCAGAGCCUAGCAUGCACUCCAUGCCAGCUGUGACACUCUCUCCCAAUGGUAAGUGGCUUGCGUGCCAGUCUAUGGACAAUCAGAUUCUGAUUUUUGGAGCCCAAAACCGCUUCAGACUGAACAAGAAGAAGAUCUUCAAGGGCCACAUGGUUGCUGGCUACGCUUGCCAGGUUGACUUCUCCCCUGACAUGAGCUAUGUAGUGUCCGGGGACGCCGACGGAAAGCUGAACAUUUGGGACUGGAAGACAACCAAGCUGUACCACAGGAUCAAAGCUCACGACAAGGUGUGCAUCAGCGCCCUGUGGCAUCCUCACGAAACCUCCAAGGUUAUCACCUGCGGUUGGGAUGGACAGAUCAAAAUGUGGGAUUAAAAUGUUAGUAAGAGGGAGGUGUAGAUCUGGAAAGUAUUGCGAAUGAAAGCCACAAGACUGGCAUCCAGUCUUAUUGUAGCAGUGUAUUUUUAUAUCCAUACAUGUACAUUCAUGAUAUUUCUGUAUAAAGAUUUAAAAACAUGCACUAUUUCUAGUGCUACUAGUACAUAUAAGGUGCAUGGUGUAUGCGUAGUUCGUGUAGUUGAGUUUUGAUGUUUUAAUUUGCAUUUUUUUGGUGUAUUUUAUCAUUUGAGAACAGCUUCAUUUUCAAUGAUGACCAGCCUUGUGGGAAAUAAACAAUCCAUCAAUUUUACCAAA